CAUUUGAUACGGUGCCACACAGAAGGUUGGUGCAUAAAAUGAGGAUGCUUGGACUGGGGGAAAAUGUGUGCAAGUGGUAUGAAUACACCCCAAUUAAAAUCAUGAAAACCAAGGCAAGUAAUUGGAUGUAUGGUAAGAUAAAUGAAAAAGAAAUCAGGAUGAAAACUGAGGAUAAUGGCAGCAAUAAAGCUAUUCACCGCAGCCCCCGGCCACCAGGGACAAUACAGUUGGAAGAAAAAGAAAAGAAAACAACCCCUCUACAAACUCGUUUAACUGAAAAGAUAACGAAAACCUGUAGCUGUUCCUCAAAAAAAGCCAAAGAUGCGCUGCUCAGUUUCCUGCCUGUGCUGAAAUGGCUUCCGAAAUACAAAGUAAAGGAAGACUUGCUGGGUGAUGCCAUGUCUGGCCUCAUAGUGGGUGUUCUGCUAGUUCCACAGUCAAUUGCUUAUUCGCUUUUGGCUGGACAGGAACCUAUCUAUGGCCUUUACACCUCGUUUUUCGCAUGCAUUAUAUAUUUUUUAAUGGGAACUUCUAAGCAUAUUCAUGUUGGAAUCUUCGGGGUGCUGUGCUUAAUGGUUGGUGAAGUUGUAGAUCGAGAGCUACAAGCUGCAGGUUAUGACAGAUUGGAUGACCAGGGAAGCCAUCUUUCAACAGUGGCUGGUAUUGUGACCAAUGAAACCCUCGAGGCCAAUCAGACUUCAAGAAUGACUUGUGAUAGAAGCUGCUAUGCAAUCACAGUAGGCGCUACCGUUACGUUUAUGGCCGGUGUUUAUCAGGUAGUAAUGGGAGUUCUACAAGUUGGCUUUGUUUCCGUGUACCUUUCUGAUGCACUUCUUAGUGGAUUUGCAACAGGUGCCUCGUUCACAAUCCUUACAUCACAAGUCAAAUAUCUUUUAGGUUUAACUUUACCACGUGCCAAUGGGAUUGGCUCUUCUAUUUACACAUGGAUUUAUCUCUUCCAGAAUAUUCACAAGACCAACAUUUGUGACCUUAUUACAAGCAUGUUGUGCCUCUUAGUCCUGGUUCCAGCCAAAGAGCUCAAUGAGUGCUAUAAAUCUAAACUUAAAGCUCCAAUCCCAAUUGAACUUUUUGUUGUAGUUGGUGCUACUCUUGCCUCUCACUUUGGCCAUCUCAAAGAAAAUUAUGGGUCCAGUAUAGCAGGAGAAAUUCCUACAGGAUUCCUAAUGCCAAAGCCACCAAAGUGGAGCCUAAUUCCCAGUAUAGCAUUGGGGGCAUUGUCCAUUGCGAUUAUAGGAUUUGCAAUCACUGUCUCACUCUCAGAGAUGUUUGGCAAGAAACACGGGUAUGAGGUAAAGGCCAACCAGGAAAUGUAUGCCAUUGGAUUCUGCAACAUCAUUCCUUCAUUUUUUUAUUGCUUUACCACAAGUGCUGCUCUUGCAAAAACACUAGUUAAAGAGUCUACCGGUUGCAAAACUCAAGUCUCAGGAGUCAUGACCUCGUUGGUCAUUCUGUUAGUCCUACUGGUAAUUGCUCCUCUCUUUUACUCUCUCCAAAAAUGUGUUUUGGGAGUUAUCACCAUAGUGAACUUGAGAGGUGCCCUCAGAAAAUUUUUAGAUCUUCCCAAAAUGUGGAAAGUCAAUAAAAUUGAUACAAGUAUCUGGUUGGUCACCAUGUUUUCUUCAGCAUUGAUUAGUACGGAGCUUGGACUAUUGAUUGGCAUUGCUUUUUCUAUGCUUUGUGUCAUUGUAAGAUCUCAGAAACCAGAGGUAACACUGCUAGGCAGAGUGGAAGCCUCGGAGAUAUAUGAAUCUGUGAGAGUAUAUAAAGACCUGAACACCAUGAAAGGGAUUAAAAUCUUUCGAUUCGAAGCCCCAGUCUACUAUGUGAAUAAGCAAUGCUUUAAGUCAGCCUUGUAUAAAAAUGUUGGUAUUGAUCCAGUAUUGGUCUCAUCGGCACAAAAGAAAGCAGCAAAGAAGAAAGAGAGGUUGCAAAAAGAAGAAGGCAUCACUGAAACAAGUCUUACCCCAAUAGACACUGUACAACAGCUCUACCAGGAACAAAUGCCCCUUCACUCUGUAAUCAUUGACUGUAGUGCCAUCCAUUUCAUUGACACAGCAGGGUUAAACACCUUGAAGGAAGUGUUGAAAGAUUAUGGUGACAUUGGUAUACGUCUUCUGUUGGCUCAGUGCAGCUCUUCUGUACGGCACUCCCUCAGGAAAGGUGACUAUUUUAAAAGGGAAGAAGGAACUAUGGUAUUUUAUAGUAUUCAUCAAGCUGUGCAGUUUGCACUGUAUGAGCAGGAGCAGGUAGAAGCUUUUAUGAACGGGUCAGUAGUCUAAAAUAUAUAGGUGAAUUUACACUAUAGGACUAUAUUGUUACAUGUGCACUACAGAAGUGUGCAGUCUGGAAUUGCACAUAUUCAUAAAUUUUUCUGAUGAAUACAAGACUAUACAAUAUAUUUUCAGACAAAGGGGCUGUCAAAUUUUUUGGAAGAUCAGAUCACAGAAGUAGCAGUAGCCACAUAGAGGAGGUAGUUACACUUAGCUGAAAAAUCAUUUUUAAACCUUUAUUGCUACACAAUUUUUCCGCUAUAUAUUAGUAUGCAUUUAGCUGAAUACUCAGGGCAAAGAACUAUCAGAUUAUUUUUUUUUCUAAAACAAAAUACUAUUUUUAUUCAAUUCUCAUGAUGCAAUUCUCUUACUGUUUUGAUAUAGACUAUUUUUCUACAGUCAGAAAUCAGAGAUAUUCUAUUUUAAUUACAUUUUAACUUUAGCAAAAUGAUUGCAAUAUGUAGAUUAAAAAGCACAAAUCAUUACAUAACAAAGUACAACAUUUUACCAGUAUCUGCAAAGAUGAAUUGUAGAAAUUGUAGUCACAGCCUGUGCCAUAUCCCUAUGGUGUAUUUCAAAGGGAAGGGCAAUGUAUCUGGCUAGUUGAAGAGUUAGGCUGGGUUCACACUUGAGAAGCUCCAGACAGAAAGCAUCUGUCGACUGAAGCAGACAGCACUAGGACCACACAGAUAUUGCUGUCCACAAAGAUGGCAAUGUCUGUGGAAUGGAUUCCGCCAGAAAAUUGAGCAGGUUCAAUGUUCUGGCUGAAUUUUUUGAUUGGAAUUUUCUUUCGGAAAUUCUGACCAGAAAAUUCUACAGUGUGAAUGGCUUGACAGAAAACCCAUUCUCCUGCAUGUUAAAGCAUACCCAUCAGAUACAAAAAAACAUUUUUAUGUGUCUAGCACCUUUAUUUAUUUUUUUAUUACACUUUUAAUUUAGCUCACUAGUCUGAAUUACUCUCAAAGGGAGGGGGGCGUGGCCUCACUGUGCAGGUCUCCGCCCCCUCCCUCAGUAUGCGGUCUGCUCACAUCUCCCUUAGCAUUAGCAAAACUACAACUCCCAGCUUGUCCUCACUGACAGUAGUGGGACACAAGCUGACAGUGGGAGGAUUUUUCCUCCAGCUAUGAGCCUUGUGCUCACAGCUGUCAAUCAAGGAAGUGUGUCCAUGACACCUGGACACAGCAGGACUAGUAUGUGUGCAAGCAGGCAGGGGGGGGGGCAGUUGUUUGACUUGUUUUCAGUAUGAAAUACUGAAAAUUUUCUAAUGAAAGCAAUUGCAAAACCUAUUGGUUAUACAUGCUUUACAACACAUCAAAAGUUUUUGUAUCUGAUAGUGCCCAUUUAAGCUUCAUGCAGUGGAAUUUCCAACCAAAAUUCCAGAGCUGAAUUCCAGUCGGAAAUUUCAUAUUGUGAACCCCGCCUAUUGGCCUAUUAAUCCCUUCUGGGUCCUACUCUGAGGUUACACACAAACAACUUAGAAAGAGGUAAGACUAGUUAUGCAUCCAAACACCAAUAAGAAAAAUGGAGUCACUUUAGAAAUUUAAUUAAAAGGUAAAUGUUUAUUUCAUUAAUUCAAACACCAGACCAUGUUAAAAAAGGACUAUUCAUACAUCACACACAAAGACGACAUAUCCGGAACCUGCAUUAUCAGUAAUUAACUGACUAACUAAUAACAGGAAGAAUGGCAAUCACAAUUAAUUACUGUCCAUAUAAUAAGCAGUGCAUCAGACCACAAUGGGAAAACCCUAUCUCAUACAGUACACCACACAGACAAUGCUGUAAUUAAAGUGUUAAAUGCCUAAGGCACUGACUAUAAGAUAAUAUGAGAUAUAAAUAAAUACUAAAAAUAGUUAUGCUAUACUGACCAAGAAAAGUGCAAUUGCAGCUAUGGUAAACGCAGGGACCGGGACAGCGUCACCCCAACACGCGUUUCGUGCCGGGAGUGACUCCUUUUUUCUUAUUGAUAUAUUGUAUACAAUAUAAGAGUUCACGGUAUACUUGCCACAUUUAUCUACAGGGAGCUACUAUAGCACUACUAGAAUAAUUAGGCAUAUACAAAAUUGUCUGGGUAACCUAUUCCCUGUUUUGGUGUGUUCUUUUGGUAAAUUAGUUAUACAUCCAUCACAUAAAAUAAUUUUUAAUAUUGUUACGGAUUCUCAAAAAGGUAGGAUUAUAUUCUCAUCAACCAGUGAUACAAGUAUACUCAUGUACAUAGUGUAAUAACAUAUUAUAUUAUAAAGAAUGUUAUUCUAAUAUUUACAAUGACAUUUUCAGAUUUAUUAAUUAUUAUUUAUAAAUUUCAAAUAAUUUAUUUUUAAAUUGCAAAAAGCUCAGUAAAUAAAUCUAGUCUGAUGAAGUUGUAGAUUAUAGAACAAGAGUGAUCUUAAAAACUGAUAUGUAACACUACUCCCCCUCUGUGCAAUGAUUCUCAGCUCUUCUCCUUAUGUGCCACAGGUGAAAUUACUUUUUUAUGUUAAUGUUGUUAUAAUAUUAUACCAUUCAUAGAUCAUUAAGUAGUCUCAUAUACAGAGGAUCAUACCCAUAACCUAUAAUAUAUACUCUGAUGUACUAGAAGCAGUAAAUGCAUUAGGGACAUUUCCCUGGAAAAGGGAACACUUAGAAAAAUAUGCCUGUUUACAGGCAUACUCUACUCCACACUAGGCCAACCGGUGCUUCAUGUGGCUGACAAUACCUGUGCACUCUAUAGAUAGAAGGUCCCUAUCCAUUUGUUCAGUAUGUAUUUCCUAGAAUGUCUCUUUAAAGGGAACUGCCAGCAGUUUUUAACUCCCCUUUAAAUUGCUAUCACAGUUAAACAGAUGCCAGAUAAACAAGUUUAAAUAUACCUAGGUUGGUGAUCAUAGUGCCUGCAUAACUGAGAAAAUUUAAGUUAGUCAUUAAAGGGGUUAUCCAAAUAUAGAAAAACAGAGCU